AUUCCAAAUAAUUACUGCACAACAUUUUUUAUAAGUUUAAUGCGGAAGGUGAAGAAUGAAUGGUACUUUAAAUUCUUAUAUAGUAAAUAAAUGAUUAAGAAAAACCCUACUUCAACUAUUUUUAUAAUUGUGGGAGAUAUUACAACGAAAUUUAGUAGGUUAACUAGAUUUACUUUAUUGAAUUUUCACAUCACCAAACAAUCAUAAAGAAUUUUCUCAAAUAACAGCCUGUGUAAAAUAAAACAAUACACUAUGAAAUAAAAGAAUUGGUAACGGUCCAUUUGAAUAUUAUUUUAUCACAUAUAAGCUGUGUGAUGUGCUUCCUACCCAAUUUCCAAUUUAAUGAUUUCACCGUCAAUCCCACUUUAAUUUGUCUCCACAUAUUAAUAUCUUAUCAAUAAUUGAAACAGUACCAAUCUAUAAAUCUAUAGAUAAUGUAAUAAAAUUUUGAAUUUACUAUUUCAACUAAAAAUAUUAUCAACUUCUUCUCCAAAAACGCGGUUUCUUCGAGUUUAAGAAACUAUUCAUCUCCAAACUUUCAAAAAAAAACCUAAAACAAAAAAAAUCUCUUUCCUUCUUCUUUCUCCAUCAAUGGCGUCAACAAAACCAACCGAUCAAAUCAAACAACUCAAAGAUAUCUUCGCUCGUUUCGACAUGGACAAGGACGGAAGCUUAACGCAGCUAGAACUCGCCGCUCUUCUGCGUUCUCUCGGAAUCAAACCUCGCGGCGAUCAAAUCUCUCUUCUGUUGAACCAAAUCGACCGUAACGGUAACGGAUCCGUAGAGUUCGACGAGCUGGUCGUGGCGAUAUUGCCGGAUAUAAACGAAGAGGUUUUGAUAAAUCAAGAACAGUUGAUGGAGGUUUUCCGUUCGUUUGAUCGUGACGGAAACGGUUCAAUAACGGCGGCGGAACUUGCUGGGUCAAUGGCUAAAAUGGGACAUCCGUUGACUUACCGUGAAUUAACGGAAAUGAUGACGGAAGCUGAUUCUAACGGUGACGGUGUUAUUAGUUUUAAUGAGUUUUCUCAUAUUAUGGCUAAAUCGGCUGCUGAUUUUCUUGGAUUAACCGCUUCUUGAUCUGUUUUGUUUUAAUUACUCUCUUUUUUUCUUCUCCUGUCAAUGCAACUUGUGCAAUUUAACAAUGUGCUAAUCUUCAUUAAUUUAUUUAUGACUCGUUUGGUGUGACGUAAAA